AUGGUAAAUACUAUGAAAAUUGAUGAAAUAGUUAAACAACAGAAAUCAAAUUCUAAAGUAAUGAAAUUUACUUUAGACGAGUGGCGUCAUAAUAAUUAUUUAAGAUUUUGUUGUUCCGAAGCUCAGCAAGAAUUAUCUCGUCAAAUACUUGCUAAAUCUGAGCAAGUUUGUGCAUCAGCUAAUGAAACAAUUAAAGCUAAUAAAGAUGGAACUAAUCAUUAUCUUGCUCAGAAAAUAAAUGACAUUAAAAUUUAUAAAGAAGAGCUUAUUUGCAAUAGAAAUGAACUUCUUUUAAAAUUAGAUACACUUUCAGUUUAUAAAAAUCGUGUAAUGCAAUCUCUAAAAUUGUUACGAACCAAUGCUAUGGAUAGCUGUAAUAAAUGUUUGAUCGCUAGGGAUCAAAGAUUAGGAAUUGAUUUGGUGACUGAUAAUAUAGAAAAAGAAUUACGGAAAGAAUGCGAAGUUAUAAAUUAUGCAGAUCUCUUAAUAUCUCAAUUAUUAGAACAAAUUCAAGAACAAAUUCGAUGUACGAAAGCUAUAUUAUACAAAAUCGAUCAUGAUUUAGAAGAUAAAGAACUUAAUUUAUUAAUCGAUCAACAUAAUUCUUCCCUUAAAGAGAGCAAUUUGAAUCUUAGUAUUUACGAAGGACAGAUUCCCAUAAGCACUUCGAGUAUUGCCGUAGAGGAAUGGGAAAAACGCACAAAAAACAUCAUAAAUAGUUCACUUAAAGAACUGAAAUCUGCCGAAGCGAUUUGUUUUCGCGCUGAUCGCGAAUUAAGAAAAAUAAUAGCCGAUUUGGUAAACCAGAAGAACAGAACUGAUGAGGCUCUAAAGAAUCGAAUUCAAGAGACUAAGGAAAUUAAAGAAAAAUUAGAGCAACGGCAUUCUGAGAUAUUUUCUCAACUAAAUAAAGUAACGGACAAAAUUACAGAAUUGGAGAUAAAAAUUUCUGAGAAAGAAAAAUUUAUAGCAUUAACAUAUACUAGAUUAGGAAAUCGUUGUCAAAGACCAAAUUUUGAACGUUGUUAUGAUCUUGUGGAAAAAAGUCUUAUUAACGAGGUUAAUGAUAUGAGAAAAGUUGUUGCUCAACUUCAACAAACAUUAUUUGAAGCUCAAGCUUCACUUCGUUUCUUACUUAAAAUGCAAAUACAACUCGAAGAAGAUAUUAAUAUAAAAAUUAAUUCAUUAAAAAUCGAUGAAGUUUAUUGUAUGACAAUACAUCAAAAUAUAGAUUAUCUUAUAUUUUAAUCGCUUA